GACAGAAAAUACAACAAGUGAUUGAACUGUUGCUCUGCAAAUAAGCUGACUGUGCGCCGAAAUAUACGCACAAAGUCUGGAAAAGUGACUCAUCUGAGCCCAUAAAGCAUUUUUAUGUCUUUUUGAAGGUCUACAUAGGGUUCGGUCGCGUUGUUUUAACAUUAUUUAAAAAAUAUUUUUUCCUUUCUCUGCUUCGGACCGUUUUGGAAUUUGGACUCAGGGUGCACCACUCAUGGAAGAAGUUUAAAUGUUUUGUAGGAUUCUGGAUGCACCGAGCUGAGUUUGGACCGAAGCGCAGCAACUUCGCACCGAUGCGCCGGUGAAAACCGCUCGCUUUUCCGGAGGAUUUCAUUCCGGGUUUGGAGCAGAAGCGGCGUUUUGCAUCGGAAACCUGCAGAAUGAACACACACCGAACUCCGGGUUGAAAACAGAGACAGGAAGAAGGUGGAAAAGAUAGUUUUGACAGACAAGCAAAGCGCCUUUCACUGAAUGCGGAGGGUGAAAUGAACUCCAGUGGGAAUACUGAAGACCCCACCUGACAGCUCCUCCCUGCCUGAGAAACUGAAGGAUUUUUUUGCUGGAGCUUCCAAAACUAUAGAGCUGGAAAAAAAUCAAAUCCUUAAGUUUAACAUCUCUUCAGCUGCGAACAUUUUACAACAUCAUUUAGAAUAUGUAUCCCCUACAAAAUGUAUUGUUUUAGAUUGGAUGAAAGUCACCAGACCAUGUGAACCAGAAAAAAGAGACAAACAAAAACGAUCCACAAAUGGGGAAUCUGUCAUUUCCUCCCCUCUGAAUACUGACAUUCCUUUACUCAUCUGUGACUGUUAGUCCUUGAAAAGGCUAAAUUAAUUUUUUCUGUCAGAUAAAAUCCAACAUUAUCUUCAGCACUUUUUCCUGUGAGUAGCUUUCUGCCCGAAGGUCAGCCUGGCCGGCACAACCAUUCCAGCCAAGGGGGAGGAGGACUUCCUCACGCUGGCCGCCUCACGGCUCAGCCGAAAGAAACGUGUCAUCGGGGCUGGAGUCGGCGUGGCCAUGGUCCUGGUCCUGCUCGUGGCCAUUCCUCUAUUGGUCCAUACCACAAAGGGGGCAGGGUCCGGAGGUGGUGGCACGCAUUAUGAGAUGCUAGGGAGCUGCAAGAUGGUGUGUGACACUUUGAGCCCCCCUCAGGGAGAGCUGACUGCUGUCUCCCCUCAGCCUCCUGACUUCCCAAACCGGAGGGGCAAACAAGGGUUUAGAGGAAGCCCCGGACUUCCUGGUCCUCCAGGCCCUAAAGGUCCACCUGGAGAGCCGGGUAAGUCCGGUCCGCCUGGUCCACCAGGCCCUGGUCCAGGUGGAUAUGGUUCCUCAGUCUACACUCCUAAAAUAGCUUUCUAUGCCGGUCUGCGGAAGCAACACGAGGGUAGUGAAAUACUGAAGUUUGAUGACGUGGUGACCAACGUGGGGAACUACUACGAGCCGAGCACAGGCAAGUUCACGUGUCCUCUGCCUGGCAUCUACUACUUCACCUACCAUGUUCUGAUGAGAGGGGGUGAUGGAACGAGCAUGUGGGCUGACCUGAAGAAAAACGGACAGGUGAGGGCCAGUGCAAUCGCCCAAGAUGCAGAUCAGAACUACGACUACGCCUCCAACAGUGUCAUCCUGCACCUGGACGUCGGCGACGAAGUGUGUGUUCAGCUGGACGGGGGCAAAGUUCACGGGGGAAACACCAACAAAUACAGCACCUUCUCUGGCUUCCUCAUCUACCCAGACUGACAGUAUAAUCUUACCCUCCUCCACCCUUUCUCUGUGAUCAAGCAAAAAGUUUCCUCCUGUUUCUUUAUCUAACACAUCCUGCCAUCCAUUUGUCACCUCUGCAUAUAAUACACAUAGUGACAUAACAACAGAGUUAAACAAAGUUUGUGUAAAAAAGAAUAUAAUGUACAUAUUACCAGAUAAGAUCGACUCAUGGUGCACACACUUUUGUGAUAUUUAAUACAGUGCCAUGUACAGUAUGCAUAAGCAUGGCUGAAAUACACAAUUAACACUUUAUUCCAUUCAUGUUGCUGUUUAUACAUUAUUGUACUUCAGUUUUAGCUCAAAGACAAACCAACUGAAAUAAUAUCUGAAUGUAGACUGUCAAUCCAGCGAAGGUAUUCGGCUGCAGCCUCUUGCCCUUGCUGUGAGAUAGAUUUCCAUUCCGGCUGUAGACACAAAACAAGAAAAAGGCAUGAAUAUAUUGAUCUCAACUGAUAAUUCAGCACACCUCACAAUUAUAAUGCUGUGUGUUGUAUGUCUGUGUUAAUGCCUGCGUGGAAGCAUAUGAGUGUGGUUUUGCCCUUUAGUUCUGUGCAAGUGUAAAAGCAUCCUGCUGUUGGUGUAAUUAGCGCAGAAAGGGAAGGGAGUGAAGCUGCUGGUAACAGUCCCUUAACACACACAGUUUAUCAAUACUAUGGUUUAGCUUUUAGAUUGAUUUCUGAUACUCAGAGCAACAUCAUGUUGUGGUAACAAGGUGAGAUUUCAUCUGAAGCCCAUUCCCAGUUACACAAUACCUUUACGUCAUAGUGUGCUGUAUUGAUCAGAAACACAGAUGUUUAGGAAAUGUGCUCAUUUAUUUUUCUCAAUAAUAUGAAAAGAGGCUGGUAAUUUUGAUGGUUCUGAUAGGAAAUAUGUAGUUAUUGAAACUAAUUUGUCCUCUUCUAAACUUAAAUGAAUUUAUAUUUAUUUCAAAUAUUUACACAGAGGUUUAAACACCAAAACAAAAGCAAAGUGAAUGCGUUCAUAUACACAAAGUUUUAAUAUCAAAUAUAACCUGACUAAAUACAAAAAGCUGUUUUAAAAGAGGAUUUAAUUUAUUAAGGUAAAAAGGCUAUCAAAACUGAUGGCUCAAUUUUGAAAAGUAAUUGCCUCCUAAACUUAAUACCUGGUCUUUGGCAGCAACAACUGCCAAUAAGCUAAAAAAUCAAGGCGCUUUGCGCAUCUUCCAGAAAACAAUGACUAAAUCAGCUGCUGCAGUUGCCAAUAAGUGUCGGUUUUUUCAUCACUGUGGAAGAAUGUUUUUUGGUUUCAUCUUAGUUGAAUUGUUUUUUUUUUUUCCAUCAAUAUUUUUAUUGUGUUUUUCAUUUACAUUGACAUACACUU